AUGUCCAUCGGCGCCUCAGCAGUGAGAGGAAACCACGAAGACCGUGUCCUAGCAGCAGCUACGCGUGACAGGCAAAAGGAGCACCAAAAGGACGAGCACGCCAAGUCUGUCGCGAAAAGCCUAUCAAAGUCACAACUAAAGUGGCUGGCAGAACGCCCUGUGAUAUUGCACGUUGGCCAGCUGGGGCACCUCCCUCAGCUAUCGACAGAGCAGAAACACCACAAAGAUGGCAAGAAAAAGAAGGGCGGCAAUGGCGACGAAGAGGAUGAAGGUCCGCAACAGCCAUGGAACCCCCUCAACGAAGUUGUCGUUGUCCACGGUGGUUUGGUACCAGGUCUUGACCUUGAAAAGCAAGACCCCUGGGCCGUGAUGAAUAUGCGGAGUUUGAUAUAUGCCCCUUCUUACAACAACAACAACAACAACAACGGCCACAACAACGGCCACAACAACGGCAAAGAUGAUGACAAGGAGGAAGAAGAAGAGGUUCCCAUACCGGUAGAUAGCACCGACGACGGGGAGCCCUGGUCAAAAGCCUGGAGCCGCUACCAAAACCACCUACCCCGUUCUUCUUCACACGACACUUCCAAAAAAACAAUCGUUAUCUACGGCCACGACGCUAGGCGCGGACUGCAGGUCGAUCCCCAUGUGGAUAUCACGCCCUACUUCCAGAAACAAAAGGGUUCCAAUAAGAAAGGUAACCGGCCCAAAAAGGAAAGAGGCAUCAGAUAUGCGUUUGGGUUGGACAGUGGGUGUGGGCACGGGAAGAAGUUGACUGCUUUGGUCAUCAAUCUCCCGGUUACUACUACUACCGAAGGAGGGCAAGGGGAGAUCAAGCAUGAGAUUGUCCAGGUGGGGUGUGAUGACAUGAGCACGGGGGAUGAUGCUCAGUAA